AGCCAUUUGGCCCAGAAGCGACGUGUGAUGCCCGUAUAGUUAUUGUGUGCCCGUCAAGACGCAGUGAAAGAGGCGCGCGCUUGAACCUGCGCCUUCACACAAUUGACCUCAUGGCGCCCGUACAGGAGCGCUCUCGUUGCUUCAAUUUCAGCGCUGGCCCCGCAAUGCUUCCGGACCUGGUUCUGGAUAAGAUUGUUGGGGAGCUGGGCGACUACGAUGGCUUGGGGAUGAGCAUCUUGGAAAUGGGGCACCGAGACGCCGGUGGGCCAGUUCAAGAAGUCUUGCAGGAGGCCACGGACUGCGUCCGUCACAUCCUUGGCGUCCCUUCCAAUUAUGCGGUCAUUUGGCAACAGGGUGGUGCACAUGGACAGUUCGCAGCUGUGCCCCUUAACCUUCUAAGAGACAAGACGCAGGCCGACUAUGUGGAUACCGGGGUUUGGUCCCGGCGGGCAAUGAACGAGGCGCGGAAGUUUUGCACUGUGCGGGUCUGUGCAGAAUUGAGAGAGGAGGGUGGAAGACUGGAAGUUCCUCCAGUCUCCGAGUGGAAUUUGUCAGAUGAGUCUGCCUAUGUACAUAUUUGUGGAAAUGACACAAUCAGCGGCGUCGAGUUCCUUGAGGAUCUCGACCUCGGUGAUCGCCUUCUAGUGGCCGACUUCACCUCGACCCUCCUUUCGCGCCCGGUGAACAUCUCCCGGUAUGCCGCAUUGUACUGCUCUGCGGGCAAGAAUUUGGGCCCAGCGGGCGUUUGCCUUGUCGUCGUUCGCAGGGACCUGUUGGAUUUUGCCUUGCCGCAGACACCUAUGGUCUUGCAUUGGAAGGCAGCGGCGGAGACAUCUCCGAUCCCGUCACUGGCCAACACGCCCCCAGUCUUCUCGAUCUUUGCUUGUGGCCAUGUUCUGAAAGGCUUGCGAAGGUCCUUCGGCGAUGUGGGGACCUUGGACAAUGUCAAGCGGCGCACACAGCGCCGCGCAAGCGCUGUCUAUAAAAUCAUCGACGAAUCAAAUGGAUUUUACAUUAACAAGGUCGCAUCCGCUGUUCGCUCGCAGACCACGAUUUGCUUCACCUUUGGCAGGGAUGCAACAGUGCAGCGCCAGUGGACAGGUAGCAUCACCGACACUGUGAAGCCUACAGAUCUUGAAGAGGUUUGCUUUGAAGCCCAUUGCCUUGACAUUGCAGCAGAUUUGCGGGGUUUUAUGCGAGAAGCCAAACAGCGAAGAAUGAAUGGCCUUGCUGGUCACCCAGCUUUUGGAGGCAUCCGGAUUUGCCUAUACAAUGGCCUGCCAGAUGAAGCUGUGGACGAGGUCCUCCGCCUCCUGCGGGACUUCGCUGUGGCAGAGUCAGGUGGCCUGGAAAAGAUCUGCAACUGCAAGGUAAUUACUUGCCUGGACACCUGUUCAAGAAGCAUCAAGGCAAUCAAGGAGGAACACCCGACAGCAAGUCCGACGAGAAGCUGUUUGGAGCACAACUUGCGGCCGAUGCCAGUCCUUUGAUCAAAGCCUCAAAGCCUUGGUGCUGCUACGCCGCAACUUGCGAUGGACAUGAGUGCAGUGAGCAAGUGGUUUGACUUGCGGCUAGAGCAAUCUUCAAAGGGCUCCGGAGCCGCGCUGCUUUGUUACAAGGAAUGCGCCUCCAAUAUCA